UGUAACACCGGCACGUAGGGUGUUGAAAAUAAUUCACGUCGUGUCGUUGCCGGAGUGUUUUUUUAGGUUAGCACGCAGUUUCUCUUAACAUAUGAAUAAUUUGUGUUACAUAUCCUUUAAAUGCUGAUGUUAAGAUGAAAUGUGGUUAGAUUAUGAAGUGGCCAGAAAGUUGCAUUCAUCGAUGACAGCGUGCUGCGGAUGACUGGUGAUAUAAAUCGAGUGUACCUUAAAUUUGCCGCGAAAAUUUCCAGUGAUUCAGCUCAGUCUGCUGUCUCAUCGGGUAGGAAAACUACUCAUACACAAACAAAAAUAAGCCUAAAAUCAGAUCCGGCUGACUGAGCAAGGACCAAGAAACUGAUGAGGACUUACUAAUGGAAAUGGAUGGUAAUGGCCUACAGACCUCUCACUGUGAUACAAGAUGGUCACAGCAACUGUCAGGCCUUCCUCACAAGCUCCUGCAGCGCCUGAUGCCUUUCCAGAGGGAGGGAGUGGAGUUCGCUUUAUCAAAGAAUGGACGGUGUAUGAUUGCUGAUGAGAUGGGUCUUGGGAAGACGGUGCAGGCCAUCGCCGUGGCGUACGCCUUCAGGCAGGAGUGGCCCCUCCUGGUGGUGAUGCCCUCGUCCCUGAAAUAUCCCUGGAUAGAGGAGCUGGAGAGGUGGAUCCCCGAGCUGCAGCCCGGAGACAUCAACCUGGUGGAGAACAAGAGCGACACCAUGGCUAUGGGCAGCAGUAAGGUGACGGUGCUGGGCUACGGCCUGCUCACCACAGAUGCGCGCCCCCUGGUGGAGGCUCUGAGCAGGCAGCGGUUCGCCGUGGUGGUGGUGGACGAGUCGCAUUAUCUCAAAUCCAGGAAUGCAGCACGGACUAAGAUUUUGGUGCCUUUCAUUCAGAGCGCCAAGCGGGCCAUCCUGCUCACCGGUACCCCUGCCCUGGGACGGCCUGAAGAGCUUUUCAUGCAGAUUGAUGCUCUUUACCCCAAGAGCUUUGGAACCUGGACUGACUAUGCUAAGAAAUACUGCAACGCCCAUUUCAGGUACUUCGGGCAUCGCCGGCAGUGGGACUGUCGCGGGGCAUCCAACCUGGAGGAGCUGCACCAGCGGCUGAGCCGGAUCAUGAUCCGCCGUCUCAAGGCUGAGGUGCUCAGUCAGCUGCCCCCCAAAAUCCGCCAGCGUAUCCCAUUCGACCUGCCGAAGGAGGCGGCAAAGGAGGCCUCGGCCUGCUUCGCCAAGUGGGAGAGCCUGAUGAAGGGAAUGGCGUCGGGGGUCGUCGACACGGACAACCCCUUCAUUGAGGUCAUGGGCUUGGUCACACAAAUGUACAAGCAAACAGCUAUCGCCAAGGCGGGAGCUGUGAAGGACUACAUUAAGAUGAUGCUGGAGGCAGAGCAGCUGAAGUUCCUUGUGUUCGCCCACCACCUCACCAUGCUGCAGGCCUGCACCGAGGCCGUCAUCGAGGCCAAGGCUGGUUACAUCCGUAUCGAUGGCAGCGUCCCGUCCUCAGAGAGAAUCCAGCUGGUCCACAAGUUCCAGAAUGACCCAGAAACCCGAGUGGCCAUCCUCAGCAUCCAGGCAGCCGGUCAGGGUUUGACCUUCACUGCUGCCAGCCACGUGGUGUUUGCCGAGCUCUACUGGAACCCCGGCCACAUCAAGCAGGCUGAGGAUCGCGCCCACCGCAUCGGGCAAACGUCCUCCGUCAACGUGCACUACCUCAUCGCCAAGGGCACCUUUGACACCGUCAUGUGGUCCAUGCUCAACAGGAAGGAAACGGUGACCGGCAGCACUCUGAACGGGAGGAAGGAAUACCUGAAGGCAGACGAGGGUGACAAGGACAGGUGGGAGUUCCUCAACUUUGCCAGCGCGUGGAAGCCGAGCGACACGGAGCUGCCGCUGGAGGGGAAAGACGACAUGUUCUUCACUCAUUUUGAGAAGGAGAAGCAGCACGACAUCCGUUCCUUCUUCUCCCCGAGCGCCGGCAAGGAGAAGAAGAGGAAGCGAACGGAAGAUGAAGAAACAUCUCCCUCCGUCUCCUCAGAGACGACCGCCGCCCCCCCGGCUGACGGAGGAACAAACUCUGAGAAGACAGAGGAGGAGAAGAAAGAGAAGUCCUGCUCCCGAACCCCCACCGCACCAGACAAGGACUUCUCCCCGCAGCUGAAGAGGCUCCGGACGCCGCAGGCCACACCGAGCCCGAAGUCUCGAUCCGGGGGGAAGCGGAGGUCGGCGGCGGCGGCGGCGGGGGGGAGCUCUCUAGUCUCCUUCAUGGCACCGCGGAAGCUGUCGGAGCCCGACCCUCCUGCUGAGAAGUGGAACUGUGGGGCCUGCACAUACUCUAACAGCAGCCUGUUGCCUUACUGCGAGGUGUGCGAGUUCCCACGCUCCUCUUCUGCUGUCACAUCAGAGCCUCUCAGGCCUCAGAAACCCCUCUCAACCGAGAGGGACCUGGCGUGCAUCGUCCUCUCUGGCUCAGACAGCGAGCCAGAGACCAGCCGGGGAAGAGACCAGCCUCCGAAAUCACGCAAAGACAAACAGAGCGAGAAGGAGGAGGAGGAGGAGGAUGAGCCUCCGAAAGACAAACAGAAAUUAGAAGAAGCAGAGGACGAGGACAAGCGGCGGCUCAAAGGCAAACAAUCAGCGGGAGAGCAAGGCGACAACGUCGCUGGUGGCGGCGGCUGCCUCCUCCCUGACCACACACAGGACCAGAGAGCUGCGGUGUGUCUGUCUUCUGCUGCUGAUGCUAAUGACGAUGAUGAGGGCAAUGAUGGAGAUGAUGCCAGCACCGCCCAUCCCGUGUACCCUGGCUUGCAGUUCUGCGCCAGCCAGUACACAGACCGAAUAUAUCUUUACUCCAAGGACGGUACUGCGUUGAACUUGAGCUUCAUCCCCCUGGACAUCAAACUAACCAACUGGGACGACCUGCCUGAAGCCUUCAGCCAGCGCCGGGAAAAUCGAAUACAGGUGCUGCGCUUCGUGCAGGAGUGGAGCAGCCUGCCAGCCAUGAAGCAGAAACUGCUCCGACGCAGCGGCCUCCUCUUCCACAGCCCCGCUCUCGGCUUGCAGCAGCUGGCCGCCGCCCAGCGCCCUCAUUCCAGCACCAAGAGGUACCUCGGUCGAGACGAGGUGGCCCAGGCCUCCCUGAGUAAGGCCCAGCAGGAGGGCGGCAGCAUCAGGCUGGUCACCAAGGAAAACUUCUUCACGAAGAGGAGGUCUGCCUCUUCUCUAACACCACCUGCUUCAGAGAGGCAGGACAAGCAGCCCUGUGAGACAGUGGAGGAGCAGCGAUCAUCAGAGUCUGGCUACCUGCAAGCAGUGGACAGUCAGGGUGUCCCUCUGUGUCUGUCCUGCCAGCAGGCCUGCUCUACCACCGGUGGGGCCUGGGACACCCGAUUCUGCAGCCACAGGUGCCAGGAGGAGUUUCAGUUGCGCUCCAGCCAGACGUACAUGCGCUCUCGGGUGCUGGAGGCGGAGCAGGGCAUCUGUCAGCACUGUGGCCUCCACGCCCACGACCUCUUCCUGAAGGUCCGUGACGCCCCGCCCUCCCAGCGCAAGGAGAUGCUGGAGAACACUUGGCUCGCCCAGCUGUCACUCAAACAGCUGAAUGAGAUGAUCCGCGCUCCGGUCGAAGGGGAUUUCUGGCAGGUCGACCACAUCCGGCCCGUCUACAGCGGAGGAGGACAGUGCUCUCUGGACAACCUGCAGACACUCUGCACUGUCUGCCACAAAACCAGGACGGCUCAGCAAGCCAAAGAACGGAGCCAGAUGAAGAAGAGUGUUGCAGCCUCCAAGGUUGCGUCAGACAUCAGCAGAUUCUUCGUCAAGAAAUGAAAUGGAGGUUUAGUGGAGGUUCGGCGCUCGAAAUGGCGCUCUUGCUUUGUGAGAGGUGUAAAAUGUUCUGAGGUGAACUGUAGCUGGCAAGGUGGGUGAAGAUGCAUCAUGAUUCUUCAAUGACGCGUUAAAUGUCAUUCACCCUGACGGAUAAGGAUAAAAAGGCCAGUUUAUCUUUGAAUCCUGUAAAGAUCCCUACUUUUCUGUGCGAUGAUAUCAGCGGCUUCCUGUUGGAAUUCAGGACUCUGACUAACGCUGAACAUUUCCCUUAAAAAACCAGUGAGGACUGCAUCAAAUGCAAAUUUCAGCCAACUCGUCCCCGAACCGUCACGAGUGCGGUAGUUUUGAUUUAUGAAGGCCCCUUUUUGCUGGAGGCUGAAAUGGAGCAGGUUGUUUAGAGGGAUGUUGCUAUUUUAAGAUUUUGCAAACUUAGUGAAAAGUAGCAGGUGAGAGAUGAAUUGGGGGCUUUGUGAUUAAAACUCGACAGAAAACGCAACCAAGUGUCCUCAUUGGCGCCCUCAACAAGUGACGCCUUGUAAAUCUUUCCUUUUUAGAAGAUAAAUGGACGUUCUCUAGUGAAAUAAAAACCUAUUUUCAUCUUG